CCCAAUCAGAGACGAGAUAGGUGGCGCUGAACUAACGACGCGAGGCACCCCAAGCUAGCUAGCUCUGGGAACAUUGCUUCGAGCUCCAUACAUUUUCUUUUGGAUCUCUACGUCUGCAGUUUGGUUGUGUACAGGUUCAAAAAUUAUUUCAAAAUUUUCGCCAUCAGGAAAAAAAAUAAAAUGUCGGACAAGCCGAAACGUCCCAUGUCAGCAUAUAUGCUGUGGCUGAACAGUGCAAGGGAACAGAUCAAAUCCGAACACCCGGGCCUUAAAGUAACUGAAAUCGCCAAAAAAGGUGGUGAAAUGUGGAGGGCUAUGAAAGAUAAGAGUGUUUGGGAAGAAAAGGCAGCUCAAGCAAAAGAGCAGUACACAAAAGACUUAGAAUCAUUUAAUGCAAACGGAGGUGGUGGCGGUGAGGGUGGUGGCAAGAAGGCACCGAAGAGAGGGAAGAAGGCGAAGAAACCAUCCCCUGCUAAGUCCAAAAAGAAGAAGGAGGAGUCUGAUGAUGAUGGUGGUGAAGACGAGGAAGAAGAUGAAGAAAGCGAAUGAUCUCCUUAAACAGCAUUUCUGUUCAUAUUGAAUAAUUUACUCGGACUUAAUUUAUUUCAUAAUGAUGCACUGGCUUUUCAAAGUCUGUAUUACAUUCAGUUUUUUUGAUAUUCUUUUUGUAGAGAUUUUUUUCAAUAUUACAAUUAUUUUCGUGUAAAAUAAUUUGUCUAUUGAAAUUAUUGAUUGACAUAAUAUGUUAUAGCUACUUUAAUUACAUUAUUUUUAAUAUUGAUAGUAAUAGGUUAAGAUUGCAGAGUUUGGAAAGGAUCAGCGCAGGCUAAGCUCUAGUGUUCUAAGCCGCAAAAAAAAAUAAUGUUUAAGUGUUAGCUGUAUCGCUGGGGAAUUGUACAGUUAGCCCUCCCUUGUUAAGUUCGCUGUGACUGGAUGCUCACCCUUACAUAUACAGUUGGAUGGUUUUAUCAAAACUUUUGACUUUUCUACCUGUAACUAUGUAGCAACAGCUUAUAUGCUUUGCCAAUUAGUUAUGCCAUAAUUUAUAUCUAACUGAAUGUUUCCGAAGGCAAUUGUUUUGGUGAAACUAUAGUAGUCAAUAUGUAAAAUUACGAGACAAAGUCAUGUACCAACAUCUUGCUUUUUAAAACCUACCUCUCAUUGUAAAUUUCAAUACUUAAUGGUACCAAACAUAAGCUAAGUGUAGCUCGACAAUUGUUUUCGAGUUAAAUAAUGUUAGGAAAUUGAUGUGUAUGUUGUAUUUUUAGUUAGUAAGGUAGGUUUCAAUGUGAUUAGUCUCUCAAAUUUUACAUUGUUUUGAUUUGUAAAUGAGAUAGCAUUCCUCAUGUCAAUAUGGAUUUUACAUGUUCAAUAAAGUAAUUUCAUAUAAAUAUUA